GCUUGGGUUUUGGAUGGUAGAUCAAUAGCAAGGAAAGUGACCCAAUCACCCACCGAAUCAAUCAAAGACGCAGGAGCUUCUCGCCAAUGUCCUAAUUGCCAGCAUAGGAUUGACAACAGUGAUGUAAUCAAUGAAUGGCCUGGCUUUCCAGCUGGGGUAAAGUUUGCCCCAACUGAUGCAGAGCUGCUGGAGCAUUUAUCAGAGAAAUGCGGCAUUGGGAGCUCGAAGCCGCACAUGUUCAUUGAUGAGUUCAUCCCAACACUUGAAGGGGAUAAUGGGAUUUGUUACUCCCAUCCUGAAAACCUUCCUGGUGCUAAGAAAGAUGGAAGCUGCGUUCAUUUCUUUCAUCGCACCAUGAAUGCUUAUGCAACUGGUCACAGGAAGCGCAGAAAGAUCCAGAGAGGUGAAGACACUUCCAUUAGCGGAAGUGUGCGCUGGCACAAGACAGGCAGGACCAAGGUCGUGGUCGAAAAUGGUGCUAAAAAGGGCUGUAAGAAGAUCAUGGUCCUGUACAGAAGCUCAAAGGGAAGAGGUUCUAAGCCUGACAAGGCCGGUUGGACGAUGCACCAGUUCCAUUUGGGCACUGAAGAGGAUGAAACUGCUGGUGAAUAUGUUGUUUCCAGGAUCUUCUACCAGGAAUCCAAGAUGAAUGGGAAGAAUAAUGAUGAGACUUCGGAGAUUCAAGGUUCUGAUACUGUUGUUGCUGGUGUAAUGCAUCCAAGGACCCCGAAUCCUAAUCCUCCCAAUCCACAGCGACAUAACGAUCUUGCUGAUGACACCAUCACUUCAGAUUCCUCUGUCCAGGAUCAGAAGUUGAUGAUAGGGGAGGAUGUGGGAUAUGAAGCAUGGCUGGGUGGUGAAUCCCAGCCUGUUGAUGAAACCCCUGACUUCACCAACAUCGGAGAUUCUUCUUUGGUAUGCAAAGAGACUUCCAAUCCUUCUACUUCGAUCUUCGGCAAUAACUCAACAGCAAUGAAUCAUGUACCAUGCACUGGUGGAGGUAGUGGAAAUAACAACCCUCCUUUCGCUUCAUCGAUCUUCGGCAAUAACUCAACAGCAAUAAAUCAUAUACCAUGCACUGGUGGAGGUAGUGGAAAUAACAACGCUCCUUCCUGUGGAAUCUCUGUCCUGGAGAACCUGGAAUUGGACAGCCCACCAGAUUUCCAGCUUUCUGAUCUUCAAUUUGGUUCCCAAGACAGCAAUUGUAGCUGGCUGGACAAGUUUUGAAUAAACACUCGGAAUAACAAUGGAGCAGAAGAAGCUCUACUAGACUAAACCAUGAACAUGUCAUCACUCCACUUGUUUUGUUGCUGCUGC